GGGGCGAGGGCUGGCGUUGAGUGACCUGUGCCCCGAGCCUGCCCCUCUGUGCUGGGGAGCGUGGAAGUGGGAAAUAGCAGUUGUGAGCUUUACUUUGUCCUUCGAGUGCAUUCACUUUUCUGCUGCGGAAGGAUUUGCUUUCUGCGCACCGUGUUUGUGAAUUCAGUGCUGAGCAAUUGCAAAUUGUGAAUUCUUGUGGAAGAUUUCAGCAUUAAAUCAAAAUGUCAUCAUCAUCAAAAGCAUCCUUGUCUUUACCUGUACAUGACUGUACUGCUCCUUCCUUGGACUUUGAUCUUCAGGAAAAGUUUAUUCUUCUUCUCAUUGUUGAGGGAAAAACACAUGUGCCACCCGGAGAAACAGGAAAACUGUGUUCACUGAUUCAGCCAGAUAAAAAGGAUUGUCACAGAACUACAAAAGCCAUCCAAGAUGGGAAGUAUUUUACUGAUCUGAGCAAAGAAUCUGACAGUCUAGAGCACCAAGUAAGAAAACAUUUAAACAGUAAAAACAUUGACACUUGGACGCAGGAGCUAAGUGAAAGUGAAAUUCAGAAUACUAAUCUCAGGAAAAAAAUACUUGAAAGGGAGAAACAGAUUAAAGAACUUUCAUCCAUGCUCCAGUGUGAAAAAAUCAAGAUACAGAAAGGGGAUCACCUGUCAAGAUCAGUAAAGGAAGUACAAGCUCACCUGCAGAGUCAGAUUGAAAGAAAAGAAGCAGAAAAUGAUGAAUUAAAAGUGAAAAUACAGACUCUAGAAAAUAAAAUAGCAGAGUGGAAACAUCAAAUUGGUGAAUACAAGGGCCAGAAGUUAGCCUUAAAGGAAACAAGUGAGCAAAAGAAGAUAGCUCUGGAAAAAGCAAUAAGGUUCCAGAAACAAAGAGCUCAAUGCUUAGAAGAAGCUGUGAAAGAUGUAACCUCUAAAAUAAAAGAACAUGAAGUCAAACUGCAUGAGAUACUGUCAGCCUCUGAUGUCUGGAAAAAACAGCAUGAUAGAAUAGUUGAAGAAAAGACAAUGUUAGAAGUUCAAAUUGAAGCUCUUGAGAAUGAGAGUUUUGGAAGCAUUGUGUAUUAUAGAGAACUUGCCUGUCUAACAAGUCAGAUCAGAGGCCUGAUGGAAGACAUGGAAAGAAGGGAGGAGUGGAAAAGAAACUCAGAAGAGGAAAUUCUUGGAAAGCUUAACUCUGAAAAGGAAAAGAUUUACCUUGAAAACAAAAAAUUAAAGGCUUCCCUUGCUAUGUUGGAGGAAAGUACAGUGUCUGUUGAAUAUGAGUUGCUACAUAUGCAAGAAAAAGCAAAGCUGCAGGAAAACCUUGUAGAACAGCAUAAAAAUGAGGUACAAAAAAACCAAAUUGCAGUGGAAGAAUUGAAAUCCAGAUAUAAAACAGUCUUAAAUGAAAACAAAAAAAUAACAGAAAACAAAUACUUAGAAGCAGAUAAGGUGAGGCACAAAAUGGAGGCUGAGUUAAAGGAGUUAGAACAUGUUUGGGACUCGCUGAAAGCAGCUGAGGAAAACCAGCAAAAGCUUCUGGCCUGGGAAAGGAUCCGUGCACAGAAAUACAAAACCCUCAGGGAGCAGGAGCUUCAGCCUGAAAAUGAAUUUUCCUGGACUCUUUUUUUCUCUGACAUCAAUUUCUAUGGCAGGGAUAACCAUAGUGUAACUUCUAUGGGCAAUCUUUGCUUAGAGGAAGAGAUCUGUAACAUUCAGAAGAAAUAUGAAGAUCUUCAAAGGCAAUUAGGACAGAUGGAAUAUCAGAAUAAAGAACUUGCUCACCAGCUCACAAAAGAAGAUGAGAGUCUUCGGAGUAGUAAAUUGCAGCUUGAAGAGAAAAUUGCAGAAUAUAAUGCAUUAACCAGACAACUUGAAUCUGCUUUGGAAGAAGGGAGAAAAAUGGUAGAUGAAGAAUGGGAAAAAAUGUCAUACAAAGAACAAGCCUUUCAGACAAAACUGCUACUUCUUGAAGCUGAAGUGAGAAAGAGGCAAGAAGAAAAAAACCAACUCCUCUGCUUAUUUCACCAUAAUGAAAAGCACUAUGAAGUACGUUUGAAAGAGCUGGAGAACAGCCUACAGAAGUCAGUGAUCAAGAACCAGAUCAUCCAGAAUUAUGUGCAGUUUUUGAAAGAUGCAUAUGUAACAAUGUUUGGCUGAAUUCUUUAAUCAAUUUUAUAGUAAAGAAACUUGUCAAGGUUGGGCUCCCAGCCUUGUUGGAGGCAAAGCCAUUGAGGCCUUACAUUAUUUUGACAGAUUAAAUUUUAUAAUGUUAAUUCUUCCCUAGGAAAACAUCUGUUGUGGGUGGGAGAAACAGGUCAGCCAUUGCUGUUAUCUAUUGGCUGGUCCCACGUGGGGAAUGGAGCUGAUGUUCCUGGUAGAAACCAUUGUGUUAUCCAUGGCACAGCAGUGCAAAGGCCAAGUGCAUGACAGCAGCAGCAGGUGUGCACGUGGGGGGUAUGCACACCAAAUUGGUCUGUGAAUGUGCUGGGCUGUAAAAUCUUACCUGAGUCCUUUUAGUCCAUGGUAAAUGUAGGUGAUCACAGAUUAUCUUUCAAUUCAGUGAUAUAUAACCCAUUAAAACAGGCAAAAAUUGAAAUCAUUAGGUUUCUUCCCUUUUUUCCCCUGCAGUUUAGCCCCUGUGUAGCCCUACACUACAUGGGAGAGUUGCCACCACAAGGCUGUCCCAUCCAGCCAUUUUCCUCUACAUCUCAUCAUUAUGCUUAGUAGUAUCAUAGUAUUUUAUAAAUAUGAAUAGGAAAUUUUUUUAGAUACAGGUAUAGUUUAAGCUCUGAAUGUGCUGAUAUACCCUGGUGACAGAGCUACAGUGAGAUAUUUAAAUAUUAGUCUGAGCUCAAGAGCUGCUGUUCAACAAGAUUGACUUGUGCCUCAAGUAAAGCACAUAUAAAUAUUCAGCUGAUACAGGAUUAAUACAAGAAACAAUUCUUGAUCUAAUUUCAGUUCUAAAUUCUAAUUAGUUUUGUAGAUAUAUGCUAUGAUGUGUUUUUUAAAAAUAGUACGUUCAGUUAAAUAUAUGUGAUUUACAAUGUGUACUUAAAUAAUAUAUAUUUUUUGACCAAAACCUUAAGUUUGUUUAUGCAUAGACAAUACCCAUUCUAUUUCAUUGUUAGUUAUUAGUAAUGUGUUGAAUAUGGAUCUCUUUUUUUGCAAAUGCUUGUCCAUCUUAACAAAUACUGACGUGUGCUAAUGAUCUGCUUCUGUGCACUUUUCAAAAAUAAAAUUGUCAUUUAUUCUAUA